AUGGCAAAGUACAAGCACGUUCGUACCCGUGGAAAGCCUCGCAUUUCAGUGCUUCGCAGUAACCUCGCAACCACGAACUGGAGCCUCUGCCCAUCGACCGAAGAUGACAUCGAGCCAUUCUUAGCCGCCACUGCGGCUGCAUUGGAAAGCGAGCCAGCUGAACACUUCUCGCGUCUAACGAUUGCGCCUCUGGACAACAAGCUUGGAAGCUGCACUGCAGUCAUACCUGUCCUCGAUCCGUUGGCCGGCAAAAGUGCCACCAAGUCGGAGCAAAAGUUGUUGGUGUUCUUGCAGGAGGCCGGGGUGCUGUCGCCCGCAGCUGGCCUGGAAGAGUUGAGUCAAUGGGGACAGGCGAAUGAGCUGCCAUAUCGAAACGACCUCAGACGCGAAGCCAGAGGUCUUUAUUCCAACGAAGUGACGAAGGAGAUCUUGCCCGGCGUGAGCGUGACAGUGACACAGUAUGAAGGGAGCCUGGCACACGCUGCCGCUCAAGCUGUGCCACCCAGCAUCGCUGGGGGAUCGGGUGCUCUCGAACCACUUGGCAAAAAUGAACAAAAAUUCCUGCGCCACCUGAAACAGACUCGUGCGCUUCCGCAGACCGCGACUGCAGCAGGCUUGCAUCUUUGGUGCCGCUCUCGCGGCUUGUACAGACGUGUGGACGUGCAGUGCGCGGCAAAAGCCUUCCAAAAGGCAAAUGUCAGCAGCAUUCCGCAGCAGCAAAUGGGUGCUCAAGCUACCAUUCACCAUGGAAAAUCGGCACGAGUCGAGAAAGACACUGCUCGCAAGGCAGACAACAGCGCCGCGGGCACUGGCACUCACCGUCUGAAUGCAGAUGACUUACUCGCCUGGCUACAAAGAGGUGGGUCGAUGACCGGAAGUGGGACAGGUAAUACGAUGUCGCUUCCGCGACCUGAUCCCAAGAUGGAGAGUACGAGUCGUGCCAGCAUAAGGCAGCAUACAUCAAUGUUUUCCCCGGAGCAGAAAGUAAAUAUCGCAAUACCAGGUCUCGCGGAGCGCUUGACAGAGCGAGCUGGAUUCCACGCCAUGGCCAGCGAACAGCCCCGGAACUCAAACGAAGAUGCCAAAGACCAGCACGGACUUACAGCAAUCAAUGUCAAUCACAGUACUGGUGCUUCAAUUCAUGAUGCGACGCAAGUGGUCGGCCAAGAGGAAUUUCGUCGGAGAACAGACGAGGAGCAGCUCCAAUCUCUCAAGAGACGAAGCUUGAUUGCUCAGAACGCGAAUUCCGAAGACCUGUGGAGGUGGAAGGUGACGGAUGUGGCUACAGGUGAAGCCUGGCGCGAGGCAUUGAAGCGAGGCGUUUCCGAGUGA